AUGGGUGGAUCACGAGAGAAGCGCAGGAGGCACACAGUACAAGACUCUGGGUCUUCUGAAGAAGAAUCGGAAUCCGACGAAGUCACAGGAUUCAUCGACGAUGAGGCGUCCGAGGAGGACUCGGACGCGAUGUCCGACAACGACUCGCGUUUUUCAGGCGAGAGCGACACGCAGGAAUAUUUUCCGAAUUUUGGGAAGCUGCCGCCAGAGCUGAGGAUCCGCAUUUGGCAGUUCUUUUGCCCCGAUCUUCAAUCGCGGUCCUUCAUGUUCCAGUUCAUGGCCGUCACGUCGUUCGAGAAGACGGAGAUUUGGGAACACUGGACCCUGGAACGGCAAACGGCGGCCAUCCGGGCGCUGUUGGCCGUGCACGGCGAGACGCGCGCUUUAGCUUUACGCAGGUUUCCCGAUCCGAUCCUGAUACGGAACGGGACGGGACUUGUCCGCUUCAACAAGAACAUAGAUGUGGUGCAUCUCAAGAUCAACAAGAAGUGGAGGGUGAGGGACCUGCCGGAGGAUUUUUGCGAGCACGUCCGCCAAUUAGCCACGGGCCGUAUCCUUUUCGACCCAGAAGGCACGGGGCCGGGCCGCAUCUAUACCAACGAGGACAUCUCCCCCAAUACGUUCCUGCGGGUGUUUACCUUUUUCCCGAACCUGCGCACCUGGUUCCGGUGCGUGGACGGCAAGCGACACAGGGAAGGGACGCUGGAGUGGCUCAAUGCCGAGGAGCAUCGCGGGGACAGGCUCGCGACGCGCGUGGCCAACCUGCCGUGGAACGCCAACGAGGCGGCGUACGACGUUGGGCCGUGGGCGGCGAACAACGAGGCCGAGGUGCUCACGCAGGCCGAGGUGGACAAGAUCGCGGCGGUGGAAACGUGGCCGAUGGUGUUUUUGAUUAUCACAUUUUGGGGCGGGGGUGCCGGGGUGGGCGCGCACGAUGUGUAUGAGAGUUCGGGGAUCGAUGAUGCGUCGGAGUUGGAUGAGUCGGAGGCGGAUUCGGUGGAGCGGAUGAUGGAUGAGUUGGAUGAGGAGGAGGCGCAGUCGAGUGUGCGGCGUCCGCCGCCGAGGCGGAGGUUGGGUCGCGGGCCUUUGAUGGGGGUCGAUAGUGAGGAGGAUGAAGAGGAGGAGGAGGAGGAGGGUGGCGGGGCGAGAUUCUCGAGUCUUGAGGCUUCGGAUGGGGAGGGUCGUGGGGUCGCUCCUGCGCCGCGGGGUCAGAGGAGGAGGGUUGUGGAUUCGGAUGAUGAAGAAGACGACGAAGGGCAACGAGAAGAGGAGCCGGUGCGUGCGCGGCGGUCGCGGUCACCGCGGAAACAUGUCGUCCUUUCUGACUCGGAGUAUGAGGACGACAGCAGGAGGGAAGUCCCAAAGGAAGCGAUUGUGAUUUCGGACUCGGAGGAUGAGGAGACGAGCAAGGCGGCCCCGGUUGCGGCUAAGCGGCGGGGUCGUACCUUGGUCCAAGAUUCCGACGAGGACGAGGACGAAGACGAAGACGAGGAUGAUGCCAAGCCGUCUGGCAGAAGAGCCAGGAAGGCCGCUGCGCGCCGCGCGCUGGAGUCAUCUGAUCGCGGGAGCGAAGACGAGGAGGAAGAGUCUGAGGAGGAAGAGAGCAGCGAGGAGGAAGAUUCGGAGGAGGAUGAGGGCCCCGAAAACCAGUAUCGCUUGCUCAGAGACGAGGAUGAAGAUGAUGCCAACUCCUCGGAAAACUCGUAUGGGCGUGGCGAGGAGGACGAUGACGACGAAGAUGAGCGGAACCCGUUUUUGGAUGGCCUCGCCGAGGAAUCCGAAGAUGAAGAGGAUGACUGA